UUGGCUGUUGGGGCUGUAUUAGACACUUCAGGGGAGCCUCCUGCAGAUCCACACUCAGUAGGAAAGGACAGCCACUGCACUCCCACUCCUGCCCAUCGUCCGCUCGGUUCUGUGGGGCUCGCCACUCCCUUGUGACUCUAGUGUGCGCUGCGUUCUUUUAUCAGACCUCAGGCGGCGAAGACGCGCUUUUUAUGGGAGACAAGGGAGACAGGACUUAAACAAAAUUUAGAUUUUUUUUUACGCAAUUUUGGUUAAAAUCGUAGGAGGAGUCUCUCUCUUCUGUUUAGCGUUGUUUGGCCACAUAUUCCUUCUUCUGAGGCCAUUGUGUAGAACGUUCCUCAAAUUUUUUGGAGAGCGCCAUUUUCAGGACUGCGUGUCCUGUCUGUGUGUGUGUGUUUGUGGAGAAGACAGACGACUGUUUAUCAAUGCUGACAGAAUCUAGUGGGCUGAUGGGGUCAGACCUCCGAGACCUGGCUGCCUUGUUGCCCGCGGUGCCCACCCUGCCAGGUGGGGGUGGUGGUUGCUCGCUGCCCGUCGCUGGCACUCCCCAGUGGAGCCCCAUGCUGGACUUCCACCCCAGCUCGCCCUAUGGCUCCCUGCCCACCCACUCCCUCAUCAAACAGGAGCCCGGCUGGGGGCCCACAGACCUCCACGAGGACCCCCACUGUGGCCUGGGAGCGUUUACCGUGCACUUCUCUGGGCAGCUGACGGGCCCGGGAGGCUACAGGCACGGGGCAUUCACGGACACCCCCGGCAGCCAGGCGAGGAUGUUUCCCAGUGGGUCCUACCUGCCAGGCUGUAUGGAGAGCCCAGCAGCCCCUAAAAACCAGGGAUACAGCACCAUGGCCCUGGAUGGUGUACCAGCGUAUGGCCAGACUCGACCUCAUCUCUCCCCACAGCCGCCCAGCCACACAUUCAAACAUGAAGACUCCAUAUCACCACCGACAACCAUGGGAGAGCCUCAGUACUCGGCCCCACCACCUAUGUAUGGCUGCCACACAACCACCGACACCUGUGGAGGAAGUCCUGCUCUUCUCUUAAGAAACACAUACAACAGUGAUAAUUUAUACCAGAUGGCCUCACAGCUUGAUUGUGUCACCUGGAGUCCAAUGAAUGCGUUGACAUCCAACAUCAAGAGCCAAGGCCCAGGAUACGAGGCCGAGCCCGCCGCCUCCACUGCCCCUAUGGUGUACAGCUGCAGCGCCCAGUAUCACAUCCACACACACGGCGUCUUCAGAGGGAUCCAGGAUGUUUGUCGGGUUCCAGGCAUCACCCCCUCUAUAGUAAAGCCACCAGAGACCAACGAGAAAAGACCGUUUAUGUGUAACCAUCCAGGCUGCAACAAGAGAUACUUCAAACUCUCACAUCUCCAGAUGCAUGGGAGAAAGCACACAGGAGAAAAGCCAUACUGGUGUGAUUUUACAGACUGUGGACGCAGGUUCUCCAGAUCUGACCAGCUCAAGAGACACCAGCGCAGACACACAGGAGUGAAGCCCUUUCAGUGUGAGACAUGUCAGAGAAAGUUUUCACGCUCAGAUCACCUAAAGACCCACACUCGGACUCAUACAGGUAAAACAAGUGAGAAGCCCUUUACCUGUCGCUGGUCUAGCUGUCAGAAGAAGUUUGCGCGCUCUGAUGAGCUUGUACGUCAUCACAGCAUGCACCAGAGGAACAUCAACAAGCUCCAAACAACUCUCUGAGCGAGGACAUGUCCAGGCCUCAGGGCAUCUACUGUUAGCCAGCUUGUUUGUGUGGUAACACGGAAGAGUCAAGUGUGUGUGUGUGUGUGUGUGUGUGUGUGUGUGUGUGUGUGUGUGUGUGUGUGUGUGUAUGGUGUGUGGUGUGUGUGUGUGUGUGUGUGUGUGCGCCCAACCUGUCCAGUGACAGUAUCUUGUAUGAUGAGAGUAUUGUAUUAGAACGUAGCAGCGGCGUGCAGACCAUUGGCAGUUCACCCUCAUGGUGCCUUAAAUUAGUGACACAUUGAGAUCAUCUCACUUUUUGCUAUAUUGUGCCUCUAUAUCCUGUUUCUAUACUGUUCAUAUUGUUAUACUAGUUGCACUGGCUAUGCUGUAUGUGGAGGAUGAGAUGUAGAUUAUUUUACUGUGUGCUGAUUUUUUAUACAAUGAACAUUAAGUAAAUGCAGAAAUUAUUGUUUGAUUGCUGGAAGAAAUGUCAGGUAUUUUGUAUGAAAAUGAAAAAUAUUGGAAGUUCUAUUGUAUAUAUUGCAUUUUCUACCAUAUA